AUGGUACAAAAGUCAAAUUAUUCUCCAGGAACAUUUGAAAUUUCAAAUAAGUCAACCCUUGCUGGUUAUCAAGACAGUUCUCCUCUUAAAGACAAGGGAAUACUUUCGGCGUGUAGCUAUUCAAAAAGGCUGGAAAGUUCUAGCAAAGGUGACACAAACACGACAAUUAUUUUAUUCCAAGAAAACUCACAAUUUCCGAUUUUUGGGUUUCAUGUUGAGGAUUUAAACGGCCAUGCUGUUUUAUUCCAUUUUGGAGUAUGCAACCCGCAUUUUAAAAGUCAACUUUUUUUACGGAGGGACUGUUUACAUGUUUUCCUAAAAAAAACUGGAGAAGAAGAGACAAUACAGAAUACACAGUCAAUUAAGGCUACUACUUAA